AUGGUGCACUUCUGGGAACGCGCGUGGGCGCCGCCGCUCACACCGGUGUGUCUGACCCCGCACCGCUCGUCCAGCGCCGUGGAGCCCAUUGGCGUGCUGGAGAAAAUCGACCACGUAGAGAUCACCAACUUCGCCGAGAUCGGCGGCGUCGUCUACUACUACCUGCACGUCUACUUGAAGCACCACACGAACCGGAUCCCGACCAAUAAGCGACUGGAGGCGGCGCGGCGAGACGAACCCGACUACACCAUCCAGAAGCGCUUCAACGACUUUGCCAACCUGCGCUACCAGGUCUGGAGCUACGCGCAGCGCCAGCACGACGGCGGCGCGGCGUGCAAGUACUGCAGCAAGAACAUGGACUUCCUCGUCACGAGUUUUUCGCAGCCGCGGUUGUUCAUCAAGCUGUUCGUCAAGAGCAAGAAAACUCGCAGUCGGCUGCUGGCAAAGGGCAUCAACAAGUACAUCGAACUGGCCAUCGGCGGGAAGCAGGAGCCGCGCCAGCGCUACUACACGUGCGACGGCUAUAUGACGAUCCCUGCGCUGGUGGAGCGGUUCCUCCGCGACGAAUCAUGA